UUUUCUCACUUAGGUUCAAAUUAAACGUUUAGUAUGGAAAUAUAAAUUGGUGUUGAAUAUGUUCUUAGUCAGUGAUGUUCAAAGGAUCAAAAUGACACGACUUAGUGUAGUUUGUAUUGCACUCCUCGUUGUUUGCGCUUAUUUGGAAGUUGGUUAUGCAGCUCGCAUAGCUCGUUCACCUCAAUACUUUGGCGGUUACGGUCGUCCACCACCACCACCACCCCCACGUGGCUUCGGCCCCGGCUACGGCCCCAGUUUCGGCCCCAGCUGCGGGCCUGACUUCGACAGCCACCGGGGUCACGGACACCACAGCCAUGGUCACCACGGCCAUGACUCGAAGUACGACAUCCCUGAAGGCGGUUCCAUCAGUAUUUCCAAGACUAUUAGUAUAAGUUCUGGGAACAAUGCUCAGUCGAGUGCUGGGUCCAGUGCAGGAUCAGGCAGUGGGUCUAGUGCAGCAUCAAGUGGUGGAUCCAGUUCUGGGUAAAGUUAAUAAAUCUGGGCGAGUGAACCAUCGAAUGAUAAAGGCAAAUGAUGUUUAAGUUUUGAAGAUGUGUUUGAAAUGUGUUGAUUGCUUUGUAAAAAUAAAUGUUUUUGUUUUUUUA